UUAUCGUGAUCGUCGGUGACGCCGGGACAGAAUUCUAACCUCGAGGAUGACGCAACAAAACAAAACGAUGAACUUUCUCAUACAUGACGCGAACGGUCAUCCGCAAGUGAUAAAGGUAGUCCAGAGUACAGCCAAUAAGGCAUUGGGUGGUAUUGUUAGUACAACAAAUGCAGGUGGCCUUAAGGUCUUUAAGACUCCGAGCCAAGAAUCUCAGGUUUUGUCAUCGAACGCACAAGUUCUUAGAACUAUUAGUCUUCAGAGUCCUUCAAAUCCUGGCCAAAGAUUGGUUACAAUACCAUUACAGAAUACAAAAUUGGCAACAGCUAAAGCUGGUGAACCAGUGUUGACUAAGACUAUACAAUUGACAUCUGCGCAAAUGAGUGAUAUAAAACAGGCAAUAGUGUCUCAGCAACAACAACAGCAGCAACAACAAUCUGGUAAUCAACCAAUUGUAAAAGAUGCAAGUGGAAAAACGUAUAUCAGCCCAAUAUUGGAUCACAGUGGUUCUAGGAAGAGACAAGAUGUUGAUGGUGGCGACUUUGUACCAGACAAACGAAGAAAAACAGAGAAGGUGGGCAAAGGGUUACGUCAUUUUUCGAUGAAAGUUUGUGAGAAAGUUAAAAAGAAGGGAACUACGUCGUAUAAUGAGGUUGCGGAUGAGCUCGUCGGGGAAUUCACUAAUCCUGCUCAUAUAAACUCCUUAACGGAUCAGCAAUAUGAUCAGAAGAACAUUAGAAGACGCGUUUACGACGCUUUGAACGUCUUAAUGGCAAUGAAUAUCAUCUCAAAAGAGAAAAAGGAAAUCAGAUGGCUAGGUCUACCAACUAAUUCACUUCAGGAAUGUCUGGCGCUUGAAAAAGAUAAAAAGAAGAAAAUCGAAAGGAUCAAGGCGAAAACACAACAAUUACAUCAAUUGAUUCUCUCUCACAUCUCUUUCAAAAACUUGGUGGAACGUAAUCGUGCCAAUGAAAGUCUGCGUGGCCCACCGAAACCAAAUUCUGCCAUACAGCUGCCAUUCCUGAUUGUGAAUACUAGCAAAAAGACUGUCAUAGAUUGCAGCAUUUCGAAUGACAAAACCGAGUACCUGUUCAAUUUUAACGAUAAGUUCGAAAUUCAUGAUGAUAUCGAGGUUCUAAAACAAAUGGGUUUAGCUUUCGGUCUAGAGAAAGGAGAGUGCACCGAGGAGAAUUUGCGAAAGGCUAAGUUGAUGGUUCCAAAAUCUCUUGAAAAAUAUGUGGAACAAUUGGCAAGUGGCGAUUUGGAGAAAUUCAUCCCAGUGACCAUUCCUGGACCAAGUACUUCAAUGGAAGACCUGGAUAUAAAAUUGGAAGGUUCUCGACCUCCUUCAUCCUCUCACACUUCACUUUCCGAGGAUGUUCUGUCGCCACCCUCGCAGUAUUAUUCCGAGGAAGAAGAUGAGGAGGAGGAAAGCGAUCAGGAUGACCAAGCCGAUAGUGAUCUCGAAGUUAACUAGCACUCCGAACGAUUUUCUCGGGGCUGGACUCAGGGAUACUCGUCACUGUUAGCAGCAGCGUAUUCGACAUGGUCGUCAUCGAUAUCGCUCUCAUUCUCGUACGUCAUCAAGAUGCGCACGAGUAACGGUUAUCGGAGGUUUCUUGCAAGUGGAACCUCGUUGUCACCGUUGAUAAAUGUCUGUUAAUGUGAAAUGAGGAUGGUCAAAAGGUGAAUUAAAUGUCGAUUGGGGCCAAGGAGAAAAACAAAAAAAAAAUGAAUGCAAGCAAGCAGAGAAAUCGCGCAGAAACAAAAACCCGAAAAAGCUUCAGAACGUCUCGUCUGAAAAUAAAGGGACACUCCGUCAGGAUCAUAAAUAUGCAGCGCGAUUGAAACCCGGGGUGCUAUUUUAAUUGUGCAUCAUCUUAACAGGUUUAUAUGACUAGCAUCUAUGUAUUGUAAAUUAUAAUCUUUACAAUGAUAUCGAUAUUAAUGUGUACGAGACAUUAUGACCAGUACUCAUUUUCUUAUGGCACGUUUAUAAUUAAUAUCGCCCGAGCUAACAUACCAAGAUGAAUGGUAUUCUGAACGCGGGCACACGUCUGAUUCAAUUUCGAACUAAAAAUAAUAAAUUGUAAUAAUGUUAA